CUGUUCAGCAGCACCGUAUUUGUUUGUCUCCCAGCAAUUGGAUUAUGAGGAGGUGUCUGCACGAAAUCCAAGUUAACAUCUUCUUUUUCUGACUGAAUGCUUUUUCAGAGGACGCUUUUGAAAAUCUAAUCUGAACUUUGUGAGAAGAUGGAAAACAAGGAGGAAUCAAAGAGUUGUUCCGUCAGUGUGCUGACCUGGGACCAGGUGAGCCGGCUCAAUGAAGUUCUGACGGAGGUUGUGCCUGUCCACGGACGGGGAAACUUCCCCACCUUAGAGGUGCGGCUGAAAGAUAUUGUGGCCCGGGUGCGCUCCCGCCUGGAGCUGCGCGGCAUCAGAGUGAAGGACGUGCGGCUCAACGGCUCCACAGCCAGCCACGUACUGGUGCAGGAUAUUGGCUGGAGCUACAAGGAUCUGGACGUUAUCUUCAGGGUGGACCUGCCGCACGAGUCAGAGUACAGGCUCAUUAAGGAUGUGGUGCUGGGAACCCUGCUGGACUUUCUGCCUGAGGGUGUCAACAAGGAGAAAAUUACACCCAUGACUCUCAAAGAGGCUUACGUGCAGAAGCUGGUGAAGGUCAACACAGAGCAGGACCGCUGGAGUCUGAUCUCCCUGUCCAACAACAACGGGCGCAAUGUGGAGCUGAAGUUUGUGGACUCAAUACGCCGGCAGUUUGAGUUCAGUGUGGACUCCUUUCAGAUUGUGCUGGACUCCAUGCUCUCCUACUAUGAGCUGGCACAGACGCCCAUGUCUGAGGCCUUUCACCCCACAGUGAAUGGGGAGAGUGUGUACGGGGACUUCAGCAUGGCACUGGGCCACCUGCGGGACAAGCUCAUCGACACCAAGCGGCCCGAGGAGAUCCGUGGUGGGGGCCUGCUGAAAUACUGCAAUCUGCUGGUGCGGGACUUCCGACCUGCCAGCGAGGAGGAGUUCAAGGCCCUGGAGCGCUACAUGUGCUCCCGCUUCUUCAUUGACUUCCCUGACAUUGGUGAGCAACAGCGCAAGGUGGAGGCCUACCUGCAGAGCCACUUUGUGGGGGAGGAGAAGAGCAAGUACGACUACCUCAUGAUCCUGCGGCGAGUCGUCAACGAGAGCACGGUGUGCCUCAUGGGACACGAGCGGCGGCAGACGCUCCACCUCAUCUCGCUGAUGGCCUUCAGAGUGCUGGCGGAGCAGAACGCCAUCCCCGACGCGUCCUGCGUCACCUGCUACUAUCAGCCGGCGCCCUAUGUCCGAGACCACAACUUCAGCAACUACUAUGUGGCUAACCAGAACAUUCCAACAUGGCUGCCAUGUAACUGACAUCAAGUGGAUGGACGUAAAAGAGGGCCUGCCGCCGCCGCCGCUGCUGCUUUGGAGACGAGAGAAGGAAUAAAAAAAAAAACAGAAAAAAAUAUAUUGAGGCAAUAAAUACAAAGUUCCUCUCAAGGCACAAUUAUAUUUAAGUGGACAGGUGUUUGCUUUGUUUCUUUUGGAAUACUUUCUCAUUCCCAUCUACAGAGUUGUCUAGGUCAUUGACUAGAAAGUGAUAUUUUUAAGUGUUUAGACUUUCUUUAUUUUUUUUCUCAUGUUUGGUUGUUUUCCUGUUUAUCAGAGUUGUGUUUUGUGCCUUGACCUCCAGGUUUAUGCCCCAAUAGUUUAUAAGUAUUGGCUAUGUUUUUGAAAAAGGGAAGAAAAUAAUGUUAUAGCCUAAAAUGAUUUUUUCUCCUGUGAUUUAGAAAAAAAAUACAAACAUGAAAAGGCAGAAAAAAAUGUAAAAUAUUUAAAAAUAUUAUUAUUGGGGAAGGGGUAAUAUAAUAGGUGACGAGCCCCAAAAAAAAGCAGAGCACCGUGUUAUAAAUAUGUUUGCUUUACUGGGGAGGGAAAAAGGUGGUACACUAAUAACUUUGUUCAGAUAUGAAGAGGGAAGCGAGCGGAGUCCAUUUAUUUUUAAUUAAUUUAGACAUGUAAAUAUCUCAGACAUUUGUAGUCUCCCUAUAAUGCCGGCAGUGCCUGUGAUUUGUAAACUGUGCAGGAGAUUUAAAAAAAAGUGUGUAUUUUUAUUUUCCACUUUGAAUUUCAGUGUAGGACGAGCUCCCCUCCUCCCCCACUAUCCUGUCUACUCAGACCUGUACUUUCAGUGGAGGCGGGCUCCGAGGGAGACAGUUAGGGCCUCAGAAAGACGGGCUCCUGUGUGUCUGAGGAGUUUAUGCUCCUCUGUGUUUUUAAGUCGCUUCCAAAGCCUCACAAGUGACCUCAAGACAUCACAAUCUUCUGGCCAUUGUGGGAAGCUCUCUGACCAGGAGAGCAUUCGGCCAGCCUCGCUGCCUGGGAGUCCCUUCCCUAAAAAGGAGCAGCACAUGGUGGGCCCCGCUGUGUCGUCCCUCAAAACCAUUGCAGGCUCGGCAGCAGCCCUGAAAUGGGAUCCUCCUCUGACGCAGCUCACUGACUGGCUCUCAAACUAUAAUUAUCCUCUUUUUCUUUUUCACUGGGGGGUGAUAUCGUCGGUGCCCUGACACCUUACAUGUGUGGGCAGCUGAGUCACUUCCUGUCCUCUCUUCACCACGCAGUGUUUGAACCCCUUUUGUGGUCAUGGAGCCAGACACCAGAGAGUGCAGCUGGUAUGUCGAGAGAGAAUAUCUGCCAGUGGGAUUCCUCUCCCCUUUGGGAGCUUGAACUGAGGAAGCUACAACUGCCCCCCCCUGAAAAAUGUGACUGAGGUGCCUCUUUAAACUUAUGAAUUACUAUUUGUAGCCACGCUUAUUAUAGGCAGUUAAUUUUGAGCUCUUGCUGUGCAGUUAGCUGAUGGGACGCGUCAUAUCUCCUCUCCACUCUCCUGAUGUUACAGCAUCCAGAGUGGAGUGGGGGGGUUGCAGUUCUUAUGUAAGGGACAGCUGCUGCGAUCCCCUCUGUUUCCCAGAAGCUCCCCUCCUGCUCGCUGCCUUUCUGCUGCUUGUUCCAUAGAUAACCAGCAGCGCCUCUUAUCUGGCUGGCGCACGACUCCUGGCUUGGGAGGUGAAUUGUUGGGGCGGUCAGCUCGGCCUCCUCUGCAGGUCACGCCCCGGGGUCAGGGCACGCUCUGCUGCUGAACUUUGGUGUGAGAUUUUCCAUAGUCUCUUUUUAACAACAAGUCAGGUGUCACACGCUGUCUCGCUCUGGACUAAAGUUACAACCAGCAACUGCAGGGUGCCUUUGACUCUUUGGAGAGCUUUUUUAAGGUUCUUUUAAAGGACGGAAAGCAUUUCUCAUAUUUAAAAUCAAGUGCAUGAUCCGCGACUGCAUCUUAGAUUAUUAGAGAUACCAUCCAUUCGUCGUUGGGCCGCAAAUUAGUUAUGGUUUGAGUUUUUGUGGUUUUGUCUUUCAGUCCCAAACCAUUAUUUUCCUUGAAAGCCAUCCGUCUACUCAUUCCUGUCAGUGGUUCUGUCUUUCCUACCAGUUUGGGCCUUGUUGUCACAGCCAUGUUGACCUCAGUCGUGCCUGAAUUUUUUUAAUCCAACUCUUGUUUUUCUAAACAUUAUAUUUCUACACCCUGGCUAGCAGUUGCAGCUCCACCGGGCCUGAUGCAACCUGGCAACUUUUCUUUGUGUUCCUAUCCAAACCAAAGCAAUACCUGAAGUGCACUGAGCCAGAAUCUGGCACAGUAGCUGGAGGUCGCCCAGCAGAGACCCCUCACUGACAGAAGCACUUUAUAGAGGCCUUGUUUUACUCCAAACCCAGCCCCCUGAGAGGAAUGUAAAUAAGCUAAUGCGGUUGUCUUGCUGGAGGGAUUUGAGCUGGUUCUCAGGGACAUAUAAUGUGUUUUUGAGGGCUUUGUUUUGUCCCUUCUAUUUUAGAAGGGUGACUAGGUUUAAUCUGUCUCUCACAUUGAGGCAUCCCCUUCUUGCACUUAAUGUUGUGUCUUCUUUCUGUCUGUGAUAAUUGUACCAGCAGGUUCUUAUUAGAGUAGAUCAUGCCUGAAGGUGGAGGUAGCUACCAGACUGGAGCGUGCAGCAUUGGCUGUUGCUCUGAUCACCUCUCAACGGGUCGUCCCAUCUCUGUUCGGUGCCAACAGCUGGAUUCACUCUCUGAACAUAAUCUGUGCCUUGUUUCAAAGCCAGGGGGCAAAACAUUGAUUUGGUGCUGAACAGCAUCACAUAAUCUCAAUCAUUCCCCCAUUUGUUAAUCCCCUCUGAGAGAUGACGAAUGAAAGCUUGGAGCCACAUUUAUAAACCAGCGAGACGGUAAAGUCUGUUUGAGCGCAGCGAGGAACGGCCCCUUUUUUGGGGGCUAUUUGUUGACAUCGCUCACAACGUGCGUUUUCUAGACGAUCGAUGGUGAACGCAGCCUGGAAUGUAAAUACUCAUGCGUUGUGUGUACGCCCCGACCUUCAUGUGUUUACGUUGUUGUGGUUUUCUGAUGACUGAAGAUGUGUUCCUGUUCAAUGAAAGCUUUACUUUUCCCAUCCACUAGAGGAAAGUGGGGGUGCAGUGACUCAUGUUAAAUCAUUUCAUCAUCUGUGUGUGUGUGUGUGUGUACUUUUUGCCAAGGACGAUGUGGAGAAAAGAAAAGCACACACUUUAUUUUCUGCUGUAAACUACGUAUUAAACCUGUGCUUCUCUCACCCCCCCCCGCCUCUGAUUGUCCCACUUGUUUGGGCCUUUGUUUAUUAGUACAGCGUGUUUUUAUUUACGACACCUGUAGAUGUGGUUUUUGCGUUGGGGGGUGCAGAGAAAGAAUGGAUUGUAUGUGUAGUGGUUAUGUGUCUAAAGUCUUACACCAUGGGAAUGUGAUGGAGACUUUCUUACUCUUCCUCUGUGAAGUGUUGUGAAUAUCAUUGCAGCAGAUCUGUGUUUACGUUAAUGUGUGUGUGUGUGUGUGUGUGUGUGUGCUUGUCUGUAUGUGUGUAUGAGCAAGUGGCUAUAAAAGUAAAAAAAAAAAAAAAAAACAAGUGAGAAGAAAUUUGUCGCACUAUAUAUUUUUUUGAAAUAGUUUAAUGCAAAAGAGCUUUUGUCAGCUUCGUGAUUGUGACGAUGAGUUGAUGGUUACCACCAUUAUACUAUUUCAUUUUUCAGGACUUUUACCUCACUUGAGUUUUUCCUUUUGAAUGGAAAUGUACAUGUACAUCAGGAAAUGUGUUUGAAGAGGAAAUAAAGAAUAAAAGUAUUAAAUGCAAA